UGGUAGAGACGAGGACAAAGAAAUGAUCUUUAGUUGGAUGAUGACAUCUAACACCAAUGAUAAUAAGUUGUCAAUAUGUUCUAUUGUGGGUAUGGGUGGGAUGGGUAAAACCACACUUGCACAACAUGUAUUCAAUGACCCAAAGAUUGAGGAAGUUGGAUUUGAUGAAAAGGCUUGGGUUUGUGUUUCUGAUGAAUUUGAUGUUUUGAAAGUAUCAAAAGCCAUUAUUGGGGCUUUCACAAAAUCAAAAGAUGACAGUGAAGACAUAGAAAUUGUUCAUGGAAAAUUGAAAGAAAAAUUGACAGGAAGGAAGUUUUUCCUCGUUCUGGAUGAUGUCUGGAACGAAGACCAACACCUGUGGAAAUCAUUACAAACUCCUCUUAAAUAUGGGGCUAUGGGAAGUAAAAUUCUUGUCACGACUCGCAAUAGCAAUGUUGCUUCUAUCAUGGAGUCAAGCAAAAUACACCAACUAGAGCAAUUACGAGAAGAUCACAGCUGGCAAGUUUUUGCUAAACAUUCAGUGAAAGAUAAUAGUUCUACGUUGAAUUCUGAGUUGAAGGAGAUUGGCAUGAAGAUAGUUGAAAAGUGCAAAGGAUUGCCUCUAGCCCUUCAAACGGUAGGAUCUCUUUUACACUCAAAGUCAUCUGUUUCAGAUUGGGAAGGUGUAUUGAGAAGCAACAUAUGGGACUUACCCAUAAAAGAUAGUAAAAUCAUCCCUGCUUUGCUGUUGAGCUAUUUUCAUCUCCCUUCUCAUCUCAAGAGAUGUUUCGCUUAUUGUGCGUUGUUCCCCAAGGGCCAUGAAUUUGACAAGGAGAGCUUAAUUCUGUUAUGGAUGGCUCAAAAUUUUCUACAUUGCUCUGAGCAAAGUAAGUCUCAAGAAGAAGUAGGUGAACAGUACUUCAACGAUCUGUUAUCAAGGUCGUUAUUUCAAAAGUCAAUUAUUUUCAACGAAAGAUAUUUUAUCAUGCACGACCUUCUCAAUGAUUUGGCCAAAUAUGUUUCUGGUGAAGUAUGUUUCAGGUUGGGAGUUGAUAAGGAAGAACGAAUACCAAAGACAACCCGUCACUUUUCAACUAAGGAGAAUCCUGUUAUAUAUCAUGAGUUUAAGAGUUUAUGCGAGGCUAAAGGACUACGAACAUUUCUGUCCAUAAACGGGGGUAUUGGGAUGUCAAUGCAAGAGUUAAUCUCCAACUUUAAGUUCUUAAGAAACUUAUCUGUGUCUUACACAAAUGAUACAGAAGAGGUGCAUGAUAGUAUAGAGGUGCCUGAGAGUAUAGGCAAUCUCAUACAUCUCCAUUUAUUAGACCUUUCGAAUUCAAACAUAGAAGAGGUGCCUGACACUAUAGGCGAUCUGGUACAUCUCUGUUUAUUAAAUCUUUCUGCUACAAAAUUAAAAGAGGUGCCAGACACUAUAAGCAAUCUGAUACAUCUUCGUUCAUUAGACCUUUCUGGUACUUACAUAGACAUACUUCCCGUCUCAACGUGUUUACUUUGUAACUUGCAAGUGUUGAAGCUGAAUCAUUGUUACCUUUUGGAGGAGCUGCCCUCGAAUUUGCAUGAGCUCACCGAUUUGCGCCGCCUUGAACUUAUGGGAACUUAUUUAAGAAAGGUUCCACCACUUCUAGGAAAGUUGAAGAAUCUUCAAGUAUGGAUGAAUAGUUUUGAGUUUGGUAUUCAACAACUGAGAGAACUUGAUCUUCAUGGAGAGCUGUCAAUCACAAAUCUUGAAAAUAUCGUGAAUCCCUGUGAUGCAUUGGCAGCGAAUUUCAAGAAUAAAACACAUCUUCAUGGGAUACAUUUAGAAUGGAGAAGGAACAAUGACGAUUCAAUAAAAGAAAGAGAAGUACUUGAGAAUUUGCAACCUUCCAUACAUUUGAAGGACUUGUCAAUCCAAGGCUACAAUGGCACACAAUUCCCACGUUGGUUAUCUGAUAAUUGUCUCUUGAAUAUGGUGUCCCUGACCUUGAAGCGUUGCAAAUAUUGUCUAUGGUUGCCUUCCCUUGGACUUCUGAAAUUUCUGAAGCACUUGACAGUCGAAGGCCUUAAUUGGAUGAGGAGUAUAGAUGCUGAUUUUUACGGGAAGAGCUCUCAUGCCUUUGCAUCCUUGGAAACAUUGAGUUUUACUAAUAUGAAGGAAUGGGAAGAAUGGCAAUGCAUGACGGGUGCUUUUCCAAGUCUGCAACGUCUUUCUGUGGAGCAUUGUCCCAAACUAAAAGGGCACUUGCCAGAGCAACAUUCUCAUUUAAAGGAACUAACAAUUAAGUGCUGCAAACAACUUGUGGCUUCGAUUCCCAGGGCGGUAGAAAUUGAAGAUGUGAAGAUGAAGCCAUCUUCAGUUGAUAUGAUUGAGUCCCUCGUAUCUGAUACACCUCUUGAGUGCUUGAUUAUUGCUUUUUGUCCUGGCAUGACUAUUCCCAUAAACCAUUGCUACCAUUCCCUUGCACAAUUGGUGAUCACACAUGGUUGUGACUCUCUCACGACCUUGCCUCUAGAUUUGUUCCCAAAACUCCGCAUGCUUACAUUACACGAGUGUCGUAACCUACAAAUGAUAUCACAGGGGCACCUGCAUCGUCAUUUGGAGAGUCUGACAAUUCGUAACUGCUCUGAAUUUGAAUCAUUUCCCACAGAAGGACUAUUAGCACCUCAGCUACAGAGAUUUUGGAUUGAAGGAUCGGAGAAACUGAAAUCAAUGCCUAAACACAUGAAUUCCCUCCUUCCAUCUCUUAAUAAUCUGUCGAUAUUCAACUGUCCAGAAGUUGAGUUUCCUGAGGGAUGUUUGCCAUCAAAUCUAAUGGAAAUGCGUCUUCAGAAUUGCUCCAAACUUGUUGCUGCACUAAAGGGGGUUUGGGGAACCAAUCCUUCCCUAGAAAUCCUUUCUAUUGGAAAAGUUGAUGUGGAGUUUUUUCCGGGUGAAGGUUUGCUCCCACUCUCUCUUACUCACCUAAUCAUAGACAAUUGUCAAAAUGUUGAAAAACUAGACUACAAGGGUCUCUGUCACCUCUCUUCUCUUGAAAAAUUGGAUCUUUUUGAUUGUCCUUUACUCCAAUGCUUGCCAGAGAAGGGUUUGCCCAAGUCUAUUUCAGAUCUCGAAAUUAGAAAUUGUCCUGUGCUCAAACAGCGCUGCAAGAAACUAGAAGGUGAAGACUGGGAAAAAAUUGCUCACAUUAAAACCAUAUGGGUUGAUCACGAAGAUGUAAACAUCAAUGACGAAGCCAUGAUGUAUCUAGAAUAGUAGUUAUUUCUGAAAGAAAGAUACGUGCAACUUUCUUCACGCAUCAACUUUCGUGUCUUAAAUGUUAUGUUGUACGUGCAAAAAUUUCUAUUAUUGAUUGAUACUUACUUUUGAAAGUGAAUGGCAAUGCUUGUAUUUGGGGAAACAUAGAAAAUGGUGA